AGACCCACCAUGUUGAAAUCAUUUACAUAUGUUUUUUGUCUCGAUUGAAUUACAUUAUUAAGGUUUAUAAUAGAUAUUUUCAAAUGAUAGCGAUGAAAUGCACAUCUUAGACACAAGGUAAGCAAUGUCAUCUACCUUGCAUACUAAAAGCAUUAAUGGAAUUGACGUGCAUUCUCUUUGAAGCGGAUAUUUUGUUGCUCCACAUGAUAAAACAUUGAACAGCUGAUCGCCUUCAUGUCAGUGUAAAUGAGGAAAAGUCUCACUGUUUGUGAGAAACUCCUGUGAUUGAAUGUACAGAUAUUAUAUCAAAUGGACUGUGGGAGAUAUGAGGAUGAAACUGGAUCUUGCAAGAAACCGUCAUUUACCGGGGCCUUAUCCUUAAUUCCCGUUUACUGACCCAACGUCAACUGAGGCUAUGGAGGUAUCUGAGAGUGCUGAGGCGAGCAGUUCUCGGUCCGAUAUUUAUGUCAGGAGAGGAAGACUGACCUCGUCACACUACCUCAACCAGUCCACGGAUAUUGUGAACAGUCAGGGAUCAACGUCAAACAGUAUGGACUUCGGGGCAGGAGUUAUGGCUUCAAGUUCCAGUGGUUUCCGGGGGGAUCGGGACAUGAUUGACAGUUCGCACAGCGAGGACAUGUCGUUUACACCUGUCAAACACAUCAAAGAAGAGAAUGUGAUUCAAGCUGCUGCUGCUGACUCGAACAGUCCCAAACAGACUUUCGUUCCCUGUAAAGUGUGUGGAGACAAAGCGUCAGGCUUUCACUACGGUGUCACAUCCUGUGAGGGAUGUAAGGGUUUUUUCCGUCGGAGCAUACAGAAGCAGAUCGAGUACAGGUGCCUCAGAGAUGGGAAAUGCAUGGUGAUCAGGUUAAACCGUAACCGAUGUCAGUACUGCCGUUUUAAGAAGUGCCUGGCAGUGGGCAUGUCUCGCGACUCUGUGCGUUACGGUCGUGUACCAAAACGUUCCAAAAGCCAAGACGAUCAAUGUGUGACCUCCACAGACCAGAACCUUGAUCAGGCAGACUUGGAAAACAAACAGCUUGCCAUCUACGACAUCAUUCUCAGUGUUUCCCAGGCCCAUCAUGCUAACUGUACUGUGACAGAGGACAAGGUCAAACAUAUACAGAAGAAACAGUCCACUCUGAUGCAGCAGAUAACGAUACCCACCACCCCGGUCCAGUUUACAGACGAAGAGUUGGAGACCCAGAAACUGUCCAUGUGGCUAUGCCUCGCAUCUCUUAUCACGCCUACCAUAAACAGUGUGGUGGAGUUUGGCAAGCGUAUACCAGGGUUUUCUGACCUUUCUCAAGACGACCAGCUCAUCCUUAUCAAGGGCAGCUUCUUUGAGGUCUGGCUCACCAGAAUGUCACGCAUGUUCAACAAACAUGACGGUAUUCUCACCUUCGACGAGGGCAACAUGAUACAGCGAGAAGAACUGUCUGUGGUCUUUUCACCGGAGUUUGUGUCGUGUAUGUUUGACCUGGCUAUCAGCUUCAACCAGCUCAACCUUAACGACACAGAGAUUGGUCUGUUUGCUGCAAUAGUGUUGGCAACUCCAGAUCGCAGAGGUCUAAGUGAUAUGAAGUCUGUUGAAAAAAUCCAGGACAAGCUGAUAGAGGCCCUAAAACUACAAAUCUGUCGGAACCAUUCAACAGAAGAUAACUUGUUUGGGAACACCAUUGUGAAGCUUCCCCAGCUACGAUCCUUAGGGAGUCAGCACAAUGAUAUAAUUCAAUGGUACCGUGCCCAGUGGCAAAGAAUCAGGUUACCUCCCUUGUUCUCAGAAAUUUAUGACAUACCAAAACAUGCGGAUGAUUCUUGAUUAUGGUUCUGUCCUAAGCUGAUUCGAUACAGUUUAUCCUAUAUUGGGAUCCUUUGGACAGUUUUAAGAUGAACAACACAAUAUGGGAUCUCUCCAUGGAGAAAGACUAUUUCCUAACUUUGAGGUGUAUGUGCUAUUACCGAAUUGGAACUGUUAUAGAAGAUUGGGUUGGGUAUUUGUCAUUUUGAAAAUUGGAAUCAUCAAUGGAACCCCCAGAAGUUUGUUUAAUGUUACACUGAAAUGGCAAUAUAUCUAGUACAUAUUUAGCUAGUAUGUUUUUACCUGACUGGUGGACGCUGAUCAGAGGUUUUCACUGAAAAGUUCAUAAUCUACCUCACUUGUAUUUACCGAUUAAAAUAGUUUUCUCUUCCUGUCACUUUUUGGCAAAAUCUACCAAAGAAGUCGCUCACUAGGGCCUAGUGAGUAAUUCACAUCAGUAUAGUGCACUUUUACAUUUAGCCCAUUUGACCGUUGGCAGCUCAUCAAAUCUGGUUUUACAGUCUGACCAGGUAUAAAUCCCAGUGAAUGCAUGGGUGCCUUUUUCAUUUAAUUUCAACAUUAUGUUAUGAAAAAUGUUUGGUUCCUAGUUGUUACCAAAUAACCUUAGUUGUUGUGAAGAUUUUAAAUCAUUAACAAAUAAGUUCACAUUUGUUUCUUGCAAUAAUUUAUGUUCAAAAUUAACAAGACAUUUGUCAUCUGGUGGUUUUUUUAGUUAAUUUCAUUCAUAAUCUAAAGCAUCCUGAAAGUGAAAGGAUAUGACCAGUCCUGAUGGUUUUGACAAAGAAGGCCGUUCCACAAUGCCAAAUGCAGAAUGAGAAAUGCAAACCUGUCAAAUGCCAAAUGCUUAAUUCCAAUUGCACACAAUGCCAAUUGCCAAGCAUGGGCUGUUUCAUGAAAAAACUGAAAAGUGUCUCUACUAGCCCCAUUUUCCUUUUCCUUUAAAAAAUGAGGAUUUCAGCUUUUGCAUUCAGCAUAGCACAUUGGGUAUUUGAUGAUUUGCAUUUGGCAUUGAAAUCCAAUUUUAAAGGAAGGAAAGAAUGGGGCUAGCUAGUUGAGCAACUUUUUAAUUAUCUUCUCAUAAAAUGACUUAUAAAAAUUGAUUUGUUGCUUUCUACUUAAUAUAUAUAUAUAAAUGUAUCUCUCUUGGCCAUUGGAAAUAUGUGAUUGAAUUCAACCUUUUAAUUAGGCAUAAGAAUUUCUCUCUACACAUUUUGCAAUUGGCAUUAAGCAUUUUGCCUUUGACAAUAAGCAUUUCACAUUAUGCAUCGCGCAUUGCAUACUGGCCUUCUGUACAUAUUUGAUAAAAAACAACACCAGUCUCGGCUACAGUGUAGUUUCGUAGGUAACGUGUCAGCCAGGUCAAUGGAUCUAGGGUAACCUUUGUCCAGUCAAUGUGGAAGUCCCAUACGGUUCUAACAGCUGUCAUACUAUGCACAUCAGUACACUUGUCAUAUUAUGUGUCUUGACCCUUUUACCACUUAAGACCAUAUUGGACUUGCCCAGAUCAAUGCAUGGUAGAGUUUAUUAAAGUUACAUAGGGGUGAAAGGGUUAAACAAAAGUGGAAACCAGAAUCCAUGUAAACACAGGACUCCUGCUGAUACAGUGUACCUGUCAUUUUACUGAUGUUUGUUCAUCAUCAGAUUUUUUUAAAAGUUCAUUACUUACUGUAUGACAUAUCUUAUCUUCAAAAAAUCUAUAACACCGAUCAAAAUGUUGUAAAUCUUGAAUUUUGUUUCGUGACGAUGAGAUUAAAAAGAUUCAGAUGUGGAGAUAUGUUAAGGUCUCUGUAAUGUUAAAAACAUUCAAUACUGCACAAGGAUCGAUGUGGUGUGGUCGAGUGUCAAUCAUUGAUUUGUUUAAACCUAUGAUUUUUUUUAUGAGAAGAAACUUUAGGUAUAGCAUAAAUCAAAGUAGCUGGUUUUCCUAGCAUAGAUUAGAUGUAUGUAUUACGCUAGCAGAAGUCCUGGAACCCCCCUUUACACAUUUUGAUAUAUGCAAACAAGUGUUGUGGUCAGUUGUCACAUUUUACUUCAUUAACAACUCAGGUCUAACUAAGGAUUUGUCUCCGGUCACAUAAAGCAUUUGGUAGAAAUUGCUUGUUAUAAGGUCAGCAAAACUGGUCAGUUUUAGAAUUGAUACGCUCAGGUGAAAUUUUGCAUUAAUUAGUUGCAACCUCUGAUCAGCUUCCACAGUGAUUCAGCAUUGUUGAUAUUUCCAUAUCAGUACAAAUCAUUGCAUAUACGUGUGUGUAGCUAGACUCCAUGAGUUAAUAGUUUUCGAUGUAAGAAUAUUGUUGUAUAUAUACUGGUUGUAUAACAAACCAAGAAAAUGAUAUAGCGCUUAUUUUUUUAACUGCUAGAAACUUUUUAAGUAAUCAAGUUGAAUCAACAUUAAGUGUUUUCAUACUAUUGUUUGUUUUCCAUUAUUAUCAUGAUUGUUGUUUUUAAAACUGUUUUGUUUUCAAUUGCUAUUGGAUGAAAAUGAUCCGAUCCAGUGUAUGUAAAUAUUGCUCUCAAGUGCAAUCAUGUUUUACCUGGAGGUCGCUUAAAAUUAUCUUUACUACAAUUACCCAGUGUUUUUGUUGAUGUUUUUUACUUGUUUACAUAUUGUUUAUAUUUUGUUGUAUAUUUUCAGCUGUGUUAGGAACAUAACAAAGAGAGGAAUUACAUUUUUUGUCAGAAUCUGAAUAUUAUAAAGGAAUUGGAUGUUAACUUACCUCAAGUAUUUACGAUGAGUUUCAUACAUUGUGUGAGAUACUGCAACCGUUUGGCCAGUAAGAUUUAGGCAUUAUUAAGGGGUUUGGCAAUAUUUUCGAGAAAUAUAAAGGAAGAUUUGAAGAAAAUAAAAAAAAGUCUUAAAAUAUAUUCAACUCGGCAGUAAUUAAGCUUGGUGGCAAUUAAAGGGAGGGGCAGUAUAUCAAGGUCUUACUUUAUAACACAAAUAUCAAGCUUAUUUAAAUGAGAUGAAAAAAAGAAAUCGUGAUUCAUUUUGAGAAUUAAAAUCCUCUAAAAUAAGACUUUUUUUUUAAACCU